UUGCUUUUUUUUCUAUCUCUAAAAAGUGGCCCAUAAGGUAGCAAAAAGUGGGUAAUUGUGUGUAGGUGUGUAUCGUCGAGCUUUUUUUUCACCGGAAGUCAGGUUUACACUUCCCGCGAAAUCGAAUACACACCGCGGGAAUCUGAAACCUUUAGCCAAUGAAAUUACAGCACUGUACAAUCAGCCGCGAUUCCCGCGAAAGUAAGGAAAACUGCGGAAAUUGCACAAGUAACGUAGAAGAAGAAGACGACUUCAAGGAUAGAAGAUUGAAGACAGAAGAAGACGGGUUGGAAAUCAUAACAUUUUUACAAACACCGACCUCUGCAUCCAUCAGAGCCAUUAUGUCCAUAAGGAGGAGGAGGAAAAAGCCUAUAGACGAUGCAAAGACAUACAUUCUGUCUUGCACUGACAAGGAUGGGUUUAUGCCGAGAUUCAUUGACCAUUACAAAGGAAGAGGAGUGUUUGCCACACAACCCAUUGAACCCGGGGACUUCGUGUUGGAGUACAGGGGUAAACUCCUCACACAGGAGGAAAGCAAGUCAAGAAAAUACUCAGAGAUUGAAAGCACAUUUCUCUUUGACUUUCAGUGGCAGAAUCAUCACUUAUGCCUGGAUGCAUCGCAAGACGAUUUUUCUCUAGGACGUUUGGUCAACGACAACCACCAAAAUCCGAAUUGCGUUAUGAAAAAAAUCAUAGUUGACAACAAACCACAUUUGUGCCUAUUUUCUCUGAAGAAAAUAGAAAUAGGAGAUGAAAUUGAUUACAACUAUGGUGAUUCAAAAUGGCCUUGGCGCAGUAAGUUGAAAAAAACCCAAGCUCCUGCUGCCGCAGUAGAGAAUGAGACCAGCCCUGUUCUUCAGAUGCUAAAUGAUGGACCAAACCCAGAUCAGACCUGCUCAGAGGUGAAAGGCCUUCAGACUCCUGAUGCAGCUGAAGAGAAUGAGACCAGCCCUGUUCUUCAGAUGCUAAAUGAUGGCCCAAACCCAGAUCAGACCUGCUCAGAGGUGAAAGGCCUUCAGACUCCUGCUGCCGCAGUAGAGAAUGAGACCAGCCCUGUUCCUCAGAUGCUAAAUGAUGGCCCAAACCCAGAUCAGACCUGCUCAGAGGUGAAAGGCCUUCAGACUCCUGCUGCAGCAGUAGAGAAUGAGACCAGCCCUGUUCCUCAGAUGCUAAAUGAUGGACCAAACCCAGAUCAGACCUGCUCAGAGGUGAAAGGCCUUCAGACUCCUGAUGCAGCUGAAGAGAAUGAGACCAGCCCUGUUCCUCAGAUGCUAAAUGAUGGACCAAACCCAGAUCAGACCUGCUCAGAGGUAUUUACUGUCCAAGGAUUUUCACUGGUUGAUUAUCCAGAUAGUGAUGAAACUGAUGAGGAUGGUAUGGAAAACGAACCUCCCACCCCACACCUGGAUGUUAUUAUAGGGCAGAAUGAUAUUGGCCCAGAUGUUUCAGAUCAUUUGUACAAUUCAGAUGAAACUGUUGUGAAAGAAACUUGUGAUGAGGCUUCUUCAAGCAACCAUUCCAACAAUGAAUCGGAUGAUGAACUUGUUCCACGGCUGAGACGCACAAAAAGCAUUCUGAUGGAUAGAGUACAAGAUUUUACACACGGUCUCCAUGAUUCAAGUAGUGACAGUGCAGAGGAGACUCCUUUUUUUAAUCCUGAAAGGGUUUCACAGAAGCUGAGAAGAAGGUCUUGCCGUCCCAUUCAGAUGAAUCUCGUGGAAUCAGAUGACUCAAACUUAGGUAGCGAAGAGGAGUAUAUUCCAAAUCCCAGGGAUGAAAGCACAGAAAGUGAUAGCAGUAUGGAAUUAACCCUGGAAAAGGAAAAAAAGAAGAAAGGUGCAUCAUCCGGUAAGAGCAAGUUUAAGCCCAGAGAAAGAAGUAGAUCCUCCCGAGAGAGUGGAAGCGAGUCCUCCAGACAGAGCAAGUCUAAGCCCGGGGAAAGUGGAAGUAGAUCCUCACGAAAGAGUGGAAGCGAGUCCUCCAGACAGAGCAAGUCUAAGUCCAUGGAGAGUGGAAGUAGAUCCUCCCGAGAGAGUGGAAGCGAGUCCUCCAGACAGAGCAAGUCUAAGUCCAUGGAGAGUGGAAGUAGAUCCUCACGAAAGAGUGGAAGCGAGUCCUCCAGACAGAGCAAGUCUAAGUCCAUGGAGAGUGGAAGUAGAUCCUCCCGAGAGAGUGGAAGCGAGUCCUCCAGACAGAGCAAGUCUAAGUCCAUGGAGAGUGGAAGUAGAUCCUCACGAAAGAGUGGAAGCGAGUCCUCCAGACAGAGCAAGUCUAAGCCCGGGGAAAGUGGAAGUAGAUCCUCACGAAAGAGUGGAAGCGAGUCCUCCAGACAGAGCAAGUCUAAGUCCAUGGAGAGUGGAAGUAGAUCCUCCCGAGAGAGUGGAAGCGAGUCCUCUAGUCAUAGCCAAUUUGACUUUAGCCAGAGAAGACUUUUGGAAAGAUGUCAUGAUCCCACACAAAGAUUUCCAAAUAGCAGAGUUGAUGGGAAUGAAAAGGAAAUCGCAACAUUUUCUGAAAACAGUGUUUCAGUGCCCCUGGAAGAAGAGCAGUACAUGAUUGUCAGUCCAACUUUAAAGAAAGAUGACGGAUCCAGAAGCUAUAACAAGAAACAUUUCUGCUUUUAUUGCAAGAAGUUUGUCCAGAAAAUGUCAAGACACUUAUGGCGUAAACACCAAGAUGAAUCGGAUGUUGCGAAAGCAUUCAGUUUACCAAAAAACUCAAAGGAAAGAAAACUACAAUUGGACUACAUACGAAAUAAGGGAAACUUCGAGCACAACAGUCAUGUUUUGGAAAAAAAAAAAGGAAAACUAAUCCCAUGUAAACAACCAGUAAAAAAGUCAGACGGACAUAAAUUUGCACAUUGCAUUCAUUGCUAUGGGCUGUUCUCAAGAAGAGCGAUGUGGCGGCAUUUCAAGGUCUGCAGCUUCAAACCCAAAAAUGCUAAACCUGGUAAAAAUAGAGUUCAGGCAUUAUGUGCUUUCGCUGAACCUUCUCCAUCAGAAUAUACAGAUGCGUAUUGGAAGUUCUUGAGUGUAAUGAUUCAGGACGAGAUCACAGUUGCAAUUAAAGGAGACAACUGCAUCCUCAAUUAUGGGUUCAGGUUGUUCAAAAAGAAUGAGAAGAUAGUCAGUCAACACCAGUAUAUACGCCAAAAACUGCGAGAACUUGGCAGGCUUUUAUUGGAAGCUAAAAAAAUCACACGUGUGAGGACCAUUCAAGAACUCAUCAAACCUGAACAGUACUCACAGGUUGUCAGAGCUGCAAAGAACCUAUCUGGAUUCAGUGAGGAAACUGGGAUAUACCAAUGUCCAUCUCUUGCACGCAAGGUAGGACACAGCCUGCAUUCGUUGGCUAUGUUUAUCAAGUCCGAAGGACUGAAAAAGAGAGAUAAGGAAACCAUUAAAGAUGCUGAGGAGUUCGCACAGUUGUAUUUAGAGAGUUGGAGGUUUGAUAUUGCAGGCCAGGCAUUAACCCAGCUUAACCGGGCCAAAUGGAAUGCACCGCAACUUUUACCUCUUACACAAGAUAUCCAAAAGCUACAUUGCUAUCUAGAAGAAAAACAGCAGCAACAUCUCAAAGAUUUAAAAGAACAUCAUUCAUCCACAAAUUGGAAGGAACUUGCAAAAGUAACGUUGACUCAAGUUAUGCUUUUUAAUCGGCGGAGAGCAGGUGAAGUGUCCCGAAUGCACCUGUCUGCAUACUUAUCGAAAGACACAUCAGAGGAACAGGGAGAUGUAAAUUUGGCCCUCACACCGCUUGAGCAGAAGCUCUGCAGGCAUUUCGUGCGAAUAGCAAUUGUUGGAAAAAGAGGAAGGAAGGUUCCAGUUCUUCUAACCCCAUUAAUGAGAGAAUCACUUGAUGCUCUUACUGAGUGCAGAGAAGUAUGUGGGGUGCUGAAGGACAAUGAAUAUCUGUUUGCAUUGCCACAAUCUGCCCAUUACCUCAGGGCUUGUGACUGCAUGAGGCAAUUUGUCAGUGAAUGCGGUGACAUAAAAAAUCCUCAAGCGCUAAAAUCAAUUCAACUGAGGAAACAUAUUGCUACCCUGUCUACUGUUUUGAACCUCAAAACCACCGAGCUCGACCAGUUGGCAGACUUCCUCGGUCAUAAUAUCGCUGUUCACAGGAAACACUACAGGCUCCCAGAAAGCACCCUCCAAUUAGCCAAAGUGAGUAAAGUCCUCCUCGCAAUGGAACAAGGACGCCUAGGAGAUUACAAAGGAAAGAGCCUCGAUGAAAUACAAGUCGAUGUGAAUGAGACCAUUGACAUGGAGGGACCUUUAGCUGAGGAUAUUGAAGAUGUCGGUAUGCUAAGAGAUGAUGGGUCAGACGAUGAGCUCAUAUCAUCCACGCAAGAAUGUACCUCCACAUCACAAAGUCAAAACCAGAGAGUGUCUUCAACCGAUGUCAGUAUGCCAAGAGAAGAGGGGUCAGAAGAUGAGGUCAGCGUGUCAUCCCUGCAAGAAUGUCCCUCCACAUCACAAGUCCAAAACCGGAGUGUGUCUGCAAAAAAGAGAGGAAAACAAACGGCCGUCAAAAGAAGCUGGACCCCAGACGAGUGUGCUGCCGUGGACACACAUUUGAGGAGAUUUAUUGUAAUGAAUCAAGUUCCUGGGAAAGAAGAAUGUCAGCGCUGCAUUACUGCAGAACCUCAAGCUCUCAGAAAUAGAGACUGGAAAGCAGUUAAAUAUUAUGUCAAAAAUCGCAUUACAGCUCUGAGAAGAAAAGUCUAGUGUGAAAAGCACUGGAACUGAGGUAAUGAAUGUUGGAUGGAUGUAGGAUAGAUGUUGGAAGGAUGGAUGUAGGGUAGAUGUUGGAAGGAUGGAUGUAGGGUAGAUGUUGGAAGGAUGGAUGUAGGGUAGAUGUUGGAAGGAUGGAUGUAGGGUAGAUGUUGGAAGGAUGGAUGUAGGAUAGAUGUUGGAAGGA